AUGGCAUCAAGCACUUUCUUCAUCUUCACUGUCCUUUGUUGUUCUACUCUGAUACAUAAUGUUGCCUCUGUUAAUUAUGGAACAGCUCUCACAAAAUGUUUAUUGUUCUAUGAUGGUCAACGUUCAGGGAAGCUGCCUAACAACCAAAGAGUAAAAUGGAGAGGAGAUUCAGGAAUAAGAGAUGGUCAAGAUGCUGGAAUUGACCUUGUUGGUGGAUAUUAUGAUGCUGGAGACAACCUUAAACUUGGGUUUCCAAUGGCAUUUACCAUAACUAUGCUUUCAUGGAGUACAAUAGAAUUCAGAGACAAACUUGUAAGACAAAAUGAGUUAGCAAAUGCAUUAAAUGCCAUAAGAUGGGGAACAGAUUAUUUCAUGAAAGCACAUCCACAACCAAACAUAUUAUAUGGAGAAAUUGGUGACCCUGAUUCAGAUCAUGAAUGUUGGCAAAGGCCAGAGGAUAUGACAACACCUCGUAAUUCCUUUAGGAUUGAUGACCAACAUCCAGGUUCUGAUCUUGCUGCUGAAACUGCUGCUGCUUUGGCUUCUGCUUCCAUAGCAUUUCGCUCUGUGGACCCUAAAUAUGCUUCCAAAAUGCUAACUCAUGCAAUUCAAUUGUUUGACUUUGCAUGCAAUCAGCAAGGCGUGUACCAAAGUAGUAUCACACCAGCUUCAAAAGUAUAUUCCAGCAGUGGAUACAAGGACGAAUUACUAUGGGCAGCAGCAUGGCUUCAACGUGCUACUAAUAAGAAAAGGUACCUUGAUUACCUUAGAGGAUCAGGAGACACUGGCGGUGCAAGAACAGAAUUUAGUUGGGAUGAUAAGUACAUAGGUGCCCAGAUUCUUGUAGCAAAGCUUGUUAUGGAAGGUAAAGUGGCGUCAUCAGGGAUUUGGGCUCAAUAUAAGUCACAGGCAGAACAAUUCAUAUGCUAUUGUGCCGAAAAAUCAAGCCAAAACGUGGAUAAAACACCAGGGGGUCUCUUAUGGUUUCUGCCAUGGAAUAAUAAUCAAUAUGUUUCUACUGCUACAUUUGCAAUGUCUGUUUAUUCCAAAUAUUUAUCUUCAAAACAUGCAUCCCUAAAGUGUAGUCGUGGCCUUGUUAGUCCUUCUUAUCUAAAGUCUCUGGUUCGUUUUCAGGUGGACUACAUAUUGGGUUCGAACCCAAAAAAUAUGAGUUACAUGGUGGGAUAUGGGUCAGAUUAUCCGCUACAAAUUCAUCACAGAGGAGCAUCAAUUGUAUCAAUAAAAAAAGAUGAUGAACCAAUAACAUGUGAAGGUGGGUUUCAGACAUGGUUCAAUAAAAAUGCACCAAAUCCUAAUACAUUGGAAGGAGCAGUUGUGAGCCCAGAUAGAAAUGAUGAUUAUUCAGAUAGUAGGAGUGACUACCAGCUAGCUGAGCCAACUACAGUUACUAAUGCACCUUUAGUUGGUGUUCUUGCUUAUCUAGCUUAA